GUGUGUGUGUGUGUGUGUGUGUGUGUGUGUGUGUGUGUGUGUGUGUGUGUGUGUGUGUGUGUGUGUGUGUGUAAAAACAGCGACCCCCAGUCUCAUUUGAAGUGCAGAGACCUCGAGCGCCGAGACAGCAGAGCCGCAAGAGAAGCGCUCUGCAACAGACGGGGAAUGACGUCACGGGAAGGAGCCGCUCACCCCGCCGCUGCAGGAAAGAGGAAGUUUGACGUAAAAACGAAAGUAGAUUGAUAUUGGUUCAUAUUGCAUCGGAACGACUUCACGUAGCGUAGGCCUACGUGAAGUCGAAAGGCGAAAAUAUGGCAGGAUUUGGAAGUGAAUAUAUGAAGGGGGAGACCGGGAGUGGGUCUGGGAAGCCGUCCUCACCUCCGUCACUCGAAAAGGAGAGUGGAGAAGAAAACAUGGGUGAGGUUCGAAGGGUCCGUUCUGAAUUCAUUCAGAGAGUUUCAUACCCAGUUAUCAAAGGUCUCCUGGAUGAUCUUUGGCAGCAGAAGGUGUUCAGUACUGAGGACAAGGACUCUGUGAUGGUGGAGCAGAGGUUCAGAGCAGACCAAGCACGGCGUCUGAUUGACAUGGUGAUCGGUAAAGGGGAGAGAGCAAGUCAGAUAAUGAUCUAUUGUAUGAAGAUGAGGGACAAGCACUUAUACUCAACCCUGGGUCUGAUCCCUUCUCCUGCUGGGGACAUCAAGGCGGAAGUAGAGCUAAAGAGGCUUUUUUCAAGAGCCAGAGACAAGAAAACCCGCUCUGCAGGGCAGGAUCUGUCUUAUAAGCAGCUCAUGGAGGUGGCCGAAACACUGGGACAGGAAUGGGAGCAGGCGGCACUCCACCUGGGGCUGAAGACCAAAGAUCUAGACAACAUCAAGGCAGAACAUAGACCUGUGGCCAUGCAGAAGCAGAAGAUGUUGUUGCUGUGGAGGCGCCGAAGACCACCAGGAGAGGCCACAGCUCAGGACCUGCUGAGAGGUCUGGAGGACCUGGAGGACCUACCGGUCUGGACUCGUUUUUUAUUGGCAGGACUUGUACAGAAUCAAUCUAAACCUGUUAAGAAGAAGCCGUCAAGCAGUAGCGGACAGGAGAGCCGUCCUGGUGAGCUGUCCUCGUCUCCGCCCCUCAAAAUGCCGGCUAGUGACUGGACGCUGGUGCAGUCUGCAACCUGGGAGUGA